AAUAUCACCAGCCCUUCACCAUUUUCAACCAGGUUCAUCAACAAAAAAAGAAAAAAAUUCCAAGGCCAGGAAAGAGAUCGUAGUUUAAUUAGAAGAUAUACACAACAAUGGCCACCAACGGAGAGGAACAGCAAAACCAAGCAGGAAGGCACCAGGAAGUUGGCCACAAGAGCCUUUUGCAAAGUGAUGCUCUUUACCAGUAUAUUCUCGAGACUAGUGUGUAUCCAAAAGAGCCUGAAUGCAUGAAGGAGCUCAGGGAAGUGACUGCCAAGCAUCCUUGGAACAUCAUGACCACAUCUGCUGAUGAAGGGCAAUUCUUGAAUAUGCUUUUGAAACUUGUCAAUGCCAAGAACACCAUGGAGAUCGGUGUUUACACUGGCUAUUCUCUCUUGGCCACUGCCCUGGCUAUUCCUGAGGAUGGCAAGAUCUUGGCUAUGGACAUCAACAGAGAAAACUAUGAAUUGGGUCUCCCAGUAAUUCAGAAAGCUGGUGUUGCGCACAAGAUUGAUUUCAAGGAGGGCCCUGCUCUGCCAGUUCUUGAUCAAAUGAUUGAAGAUGGGAAGUGCCAUGGAAGUUUUGAUUUCAUCUUUGUGGAUGCUGACAAGGACAAUUAUAUAAAUUAUCACAAGAGGUUGAUUGAGCUUGUCAAAGUUGGUGGACUGAUUGGGUACGACAACACUUUAUGGAAUGGAUCUGUGGUGGCACCACCUGAUGCUCCGAUGAGGAAGUAUGUGAGGUACUACAGGGACUUUGUUUUGGAGCUCAACAAGGCACUUGCUGCUGACCCCAGGAUUGAAAUUUGCAUGCUUCCCGUUGGUGAUGGCAUCACUCUCUGCCGUCGGAUCCAAUGAGCUGUAAUAAUUGUUUUUACCCCCUUUGUAUUUCAAUGGCUUAUAAUUUGUGUGCUUGAACGGAAUGGGGAAUGAUUGAGAAAUUCCUCUUAAAUUAAGUGGAUUUUUUAUGCACUUAGUUAAUAUUGUUCCGUGGCUAAA